AUGACUACUGAAUUAAUUCCCAUUCCCGAGAACGCUGCCUCUUGGUGCGAUACUUUGUUCAAUCUUUCCAAGCCCAUAGUCAUGACACCCGAAGAGUUUGACGUGUACUGGCCGUUGGUCAGCACUGUAUACACGAAACUUGGCGGCAACCUGUCGCAACAGAACGGCGGCGUUGAAGUCCAAAAGUACGAGUGUCGAUUGCGGAAGAGCAAGACGGGCAGCCGGAAAUCGCCACUUAAAGACGGCGUCAAAAAACGACCAGGUACUAGAGUUCGCCCGCCGGGACUGUGUCAGGUUCGGAUCAAGAUUACGCGUACGGUGGUGGCACCGGUGGUUGUCACUAUCGAACGGCUGGAUGCAGAGGAACGUCGCCAUGACUUGGCGCGGAGUAGGGAGCUUGCGCCGUCGGUUAUCGAUAAGUUGAAAGGCGUCGGAACUCCCGAAGGUGCGACGCAUCUGGAGAUUAUUGGCAGAGCUCAUUUGAGACGAAGCCACGUCUAUAAUGCAACCCGAAAAUUACCACGGCCCUCAACGGGAAGCUGA